ACACUACCCACACCCACACCCACACCCACACCCACACCCACACCCACACCCACACCCACACCCACACCCACACCCACACCCACACCCACACCCACACCCACACCCACACCCACACCCUUACAAAUAGAAAUAACACAUGAAGCCAAUGUAACAUAACUAAUAAGUACUCAAUAAAUUGUAGUUGAUAUUUCUUAUAAUUUUUCUUUUGAAAAUGUUAUAAUCAUAUGACAAUUGUGUGUUUUCUAUCCAAAUUAGAUGUGACUUCGAAAAUCACCAUAAACGAAUGGCAUAUAGUUUCUACGAAGAAAAAAAGCCAAAAGAAAAAUAUCGAAAGUGAUAUUAAUGUCGCUCCAGCAGUCUUUCGUUAAUAGUGCAUAAGUAGUCUACAACAGCAUUUGUAUCAGGUAUGUAUACAUGAUUAGUGUCCGCUCGAAUAACAUGAGUAUCAUUUUCGAUAUACUCCUUUUUAACAUUUUUUACUUUCGGCAGUUUUCGUUCUAUCAAAUUUGUGCAUAUGCAGCGAAAUUUUGUGUGUUUUCUUUGCUUGAUUUGAACUUAUGAAUAUAAGUUUUUCUUCAAUUUGCUAUUGACACAAGACAAUGACAGCAAUCCAAUGAAAGCAUUUUAAGAUUCGUUUUUGUUUUCUUUUUGGUUCUCAUAUAUAAGUGAUACAUUUAAUAAUACAAGAGCGGAAGUAGACAGGAUAUAAAAAGAAAGAAAAUUCCAUAGAGAAACGAUUCAUUUUCAAUCUUACAUUUCAUGAUGAUGAAAAUAUUUCUAAUUGUUAUUUGUAUGAUUAGUGUCAUUGAAUCUGUUCCUCUAAGUGAAUUUUUUCCAAAUGGACCAACGGCUGGUGAUGAAGUAUUUCCAUCCAACGAUGAUCAAAGUACAAAUGCAUUGCCAUUACCUCGAAUAUUUCCUUAUUUUAAUAACAAUCAUCGUCAAAUUUAUUUAGCUAACAAUGGUCUUUUUUCAUUUCUUGGUCCAAUAUAUCAAUAUGUACCUACACCAUUUCCACUUAAUGAUAGUCGUCGUCUCAUUGCUGGAUUUUGGUCUGAUAUAGAUACACGAGGUUAUAUUCCAUCUGGUAAUAAAGUUUAUUAUCAAAUUUAUGCCAGUCAAAGCAACAAUUCUGUAUUCGAAAAGGGAAAAAGAUAUGUUCAAGAUUAUUUUCCUGGUGAGCGAUCAUUUAAUCCAUUGAUGAUUAUUACUGGUACAUGGUAUCGAGUAGGUGCCUUUUCUCAACAGACACAUCUAACAAAUACAUUUCAAAUAGUACUUGUAACAGAUGAAAUACGUAGUUUUGCUUUUUUACUCUAUCAUGAAUUACAAUGGGCUAGUCCUCAAAGUAGUUAUUUUAAUGAUUCUUAUUCAUCAAAUGAAAUAGGUGGUCAAGCUGGUUUUAAUGCAGGAGAUGGAAUUGUUUUUGAAAUGUUACCCUAUUCUCGAACAACUUAUGUUCGUCGAUUAGUUAAUAUAAGUAAUAUCAAUGUUCCUGGUUUAUUUGUUUUUCGUAUUGAUACAGAAAGCAUAAAUGUUGGAGGAUGCAGUAAUAAUUCAAAUUUAUUAUUUCGACCACGCCGAGGAUCACAACUUGGUUCAACACCAAUUACAGUUCAAGGUCGAUGUUUUACAAAUAGAAGUGAUGGUGAUAUUAA